UGCAUGGUGUACUCGAGCAGCAGUUUGAAUUGCGAGUCCAAACGCGAAGGUUCGAACAAUUAUAGAGCUUAGAGAGUGAUAAAUAUAUUUUUUCUUUCCGGUGUAAAAUUGUUUUCUUUGCAAAAAUGUGUUUUUGGUGCUUUCAAUCGAGUAACUGUUUUUGGGAUCCACGAAUGAUGAUGCCUUGUCCAAGAUUUGCCCUCAGACCACCGCCUGCCAUCCCGAGCAUUUGUUCGAAAUGCAACAAAGAGUAUAGGGGCCCACCGCGUCGAUAUCCUCCUUUCAUGAAUCAUCGACGAAGAUUAAUCGUAGAUAAGAAAAGAUGCGGACGCGACGAUAAAAAAUUAAUCAGCGACGACCAUCGCAAAAAGAUCAUAGGACACCUCGAAAUCCUAGUAGAUACGCUGAGAAAUGAAAAAGGUCACGAAGAGACCCUCGAGACGUCCAAGAAGCUGCUGGAAAUGCUGCGCAACGUCGAUUACAAGACGAAUCUGAGCGAACAGUCGCAGGCCAAGCUCUCUGCCCUAUUUACGCGCUUUUGUAAAUUGAAAAACGUUACGAGCAACGAUUCCGCGAAUAAAGCUACACCCGCCGAGGCGCUGAGAAAAUUCCGGGAAUGCGGCCGUAUUCAGCAGCAGCAGCAUUUACAGCAGCCAUCGUCACCCGCAGUACACCAAGUAGAGGAGUCUUGAGAACGCAUGGAGAAAAAUCGGUUUUAUGUGUCAUUUCGAAAAUUAAUAGACGUGACGUUGUUGAUAUGACUGAUUUUGAGUAAACGAGAGAAUGAAUUAAACGAUAUUUUUGAAGAGUUUGAAGUGCGAUGAAAAGGAGCAAGCAAUGAUUAAUUUUUAUGUAUGCGUAUUUUUAAUGCAUUAU